GUAGCAGACAAGAAUGGAAAAAGAUGUACAAUGUUUGAAAAAUGGAUUUUUAUUACGAUUGGAACAGAGCAAAAAAUGGAAGAUCAGAUGGUUUACAUUGGAAGAAGAUCAGCUGGUGUGUCAUCCAAAACGAGAUAGAUAUGUGGUCAUAGAUACAAUCAAUUUACAUGGUGCAUCAGUUGUCUGCCCCUCAUUGACCAGUUUCAAAGCAGAGAGUUUGGGUGAGUUUCAUAUCCACACACCAAAAGGAGAGGAACUAUGUUUUAGAGCUGCAGGAAAGGAAGAUUGUGAUGGAUGGGCUCAUGCUAUUGGUGCUGUCCUCAGGUCACUGACUGUGUCUAAUCAGGAUUCAGAGAAGAAUGUUCCAUUCCAAGCAUUUAGAGUAAAUACAAAUGUCAGUGAGAUCCUUGGUGCUCUACAGGAGCCGGAAGCGGGAGUAGAACUUGGCAGCCAUGUCAGAAAUGGAGAUGUUCAUAAAAAUUGCUUUGAAGGCCACAGUAUAGUGGACUGGCUAGAAAGAUGGUCGAUCAUAAGAAGACGGGAUGAUGGAGUUGCUAUGGCACAGACCUUAUUGAAACUAGGUCAUCUCCAGGAAGUAGAUAUUUUAGAUGGUGCUGCUGGUGCUGCCAGAAAGUUUGUUGAUGGAGACAAGCUAUAUAGAUUUACUUCAUUAAAUCUUGGUAUGAAGAGGAACAGUUUUUAUGAUAGUACAGAUAGUGAAUCAAGUUCUUCAGAAGAUGAAGAUGACACUGCUGAAGAUGCAACCAAACUUAGGAAAGGCAAAAUAAUCAAAGCAGGUUACCUAUGGAAAAAGAAAAAUAUAAGGAAAGAAUGGCGAGUCAGAAGAGUAACAGUUCAUCAAAAUCCAUCUGUUAUGGCUUACAGUCGACCUGUUUCACCAGAGGGUAUUGAGACAAAAUAUAAAGUGAUUGAACUGAAUCGGGGCAGCUUACAAGAAUCAAAGAAAGCAGGGGGUAACAAGAGUAAGAUGACUAUCAAAGACCAGACAGGAAGAUUGCAUGUGUUCAAGUUCAAAGAUGAAGCAGAAAAAUCUCAGUGGAUGACAGUUGUACAACCACUUUGUCAGAGCAUCAAACCUAAAGAAAAGGCUUGAUGAAUAUAUGAAAUAGCAGGGUAAUUGUGGAUAUUGUCAAACACAAAUUUUGGCAUUUGAAUAUGUAUUUACAUAUAAUGUGUAUUUGUUAAAUACUUUCAGCAAAAGUUUUUCAACAGUGCUGUUCACAAUUUUGAAAUGAAUGUCGCAGAAGGACUUUUUUACUCUUUAAUAUUUUUUUUAUUAAAGGUAUAAUACUUUUACAUAAUUUGAAUAUACUUUUUCAUCUUUAUAUUUUCUCUAAUAUAUAUGUACUUAUCCUGUUUCACAUUCCAACUUCACAUUGUUCUAAUAAUGAAAGGUGCUUGAUGGAACUUUUUAUCAGCCAAUAUUUAUAUUAGAAUUAUCUAAUAAAAUAAAAUAACUAUUCACCAAAGGUUAAAGGUUUAGAAGGUCAACUUAAUAUCUGCAGGUCAACAAUAAAUAACAGCCUUAAGGGAAUAGCUGACAAGUUAAAGUUAAGUGUUUUGGAAAACGAACUGUCAAAUGGUUCCAAAAAUUAGAAGUUGUCAGACCGAAGGCCUCAUCAAAUUAAUUUUCAGUUCUUUGAUUUGUUCAUAACUAUUUUUAUCAGGUAAACUUCAUUGAUGUCAAAAAAUUCAGGGAGGUAAAACAUCAAACAUGUAGCAUCAAUUUAAUUCAGUUGAAAAAAAAAAAAAAAGUUAAAAGACAUCCACCUCUCCUAUGAUAAUUUAAAAAGUUAAAAGACAUCCACCUCUCCUAUGAUAAUUUAAAAAGUUAAAAGACAUCCACCUCUUCUAUGAUAAUUUAAAAAGUUAAAAGACAUCCACCUCUCCUAUGAUAAUUUCAAAAUAGAUUUAUUUACUACAAAGUAGCUGCGUCUACAGAAUUCUUGUUUUGUUGAAGUUGAAUAUUGACCAUCAAUUGUUUUCCUUCUCAUCCAAGUAAUCUUUGGUGAUUUGAAUUGUUACUAUUUAACGGUGCAUUUUAAAUGUGUAGAAAUGAAGAACCAAAAGUAUUUAGUUUUACUUUUUAAAUGUGAAGAAAGUUGUCUUUGAAAAAAGAACAUAUAUGUCCUAUACAUAACUAGAUUAUACAUAUUUAACCUUAUGAAUACUUAAUUGAUCAGUUUGUGAGGGAGAUGUUAGUUCUUUGAUUAUUAUUUAAUGGAAAGUAUUCAGAAGUUUCAAAUCCAGAUUUGUUAUUGGGAAAAAAAUAUAGAUGGAAACACCUUAUUUAUUGACCACCAUGUGGUUCACAUACUAUUCUACAUGUAUUAUUGUGUAUUUUGAGGGACAUUUAUUUACCUGUCGUAUCACAGUAUUCAGAUGUAUAGGGCACUAACAAACCUGUAUAUGUCCUUUAUUCAGUGCAAUAUUAUAUUUUACUUUUUUUAAUGUAUUAAUUUAACAAUAUUCAUUAAAACUAAUAUGUAUUCCUUAAUACAGUGUGUAGUUAUUAUACAAGGUUUUGUUAUAAAAUUAACCUUUUGGGUAUUAUCUUUCUUUUGAUAAACUUUUCAUUUUUUUUUCAUUCUAACGGAUAUAAUGAUUUUAAUUUUUAUACCUUUUGUGUAUACUGGAGAAGAACACAGAAUGUAUAUCAAAACCAAAAUCAAAUCAUUUACACUAGAAUUUAAUAGCAUAUAUAAAUGAUAUCAAGAUUUUUAGCCAUUCUUGCUAAAUAGAAAAAUAAGGAGAUGUGGUAUGAUAUAAUCUGUUGUUUCUGCAUUCGUAACAAUUAAUGUAUUAUCAUAUUGUGUCAGGAUUUUGUCUUAAAACUACCAUUUGACCAAAUAUAAUGAUGCAUGCACAAUUUAUAACUAAAUUCAAUGUAUCAAUAUUAUGUCUUCAAUGAAAUGGACUUAAAGGCAAGACAACUGUCCUUAUUUAUACAUAAUUAUUAUACAUUCUCAUUUUAUUUCAUGUCAAAUUUUAAGCAUUUAUAGUACACCAGCCUGAUUGGCCAGUUUAAGCUUUUGUAAUCAUUUUGCAUCCAUUAUCCAUCUUCAGUUUGUCCAUCAUUUUGGGGUCAUAUAUUUUUUAAGAUUUUCUCCACUUAAUCCAUAUUUCCAAUCUUAACCAAACUUUAGCACAAUUGUAUGUGCCAUUUCAUUUCUGCAUUUAAUGGAAUAAUUUGUUUAUAACAAAAUAGAUAAAUUUACCAUACAUUCUUUGAUAAAGCGUAAUUAUCUUUAUAGUUUUCUCCCUGUAUAAAGCAAAGUUUAAAGUUUUUUUUAAAUCAUUUGUGUUUAAAAAAAAAACAGUUAAUACAUAAAUACCAUAAAAUAACAAAAUAUGAAUUUCAACCAUAAAAUAACAUUGUAUAAAUUUCAACCAUAAAAUAACAUUGUAUAAAUUUCAACCAUAAAAUAACAUUGUAUAAAUUUCAACCAUAAAAUAAUAUAUAAAUUUCUGUCAUUAAAUAACAUUUUAUAUAUGUCAUCAUCUGAAAAAAUAAACAACAAUUAAAUUGCAUUCUGCAUUAAAAUUGGCUUAUUUCAGUAAAAUAUUGACCGAUCAUUCGCUGUCAUUAGUGAUCCAAGAUGGCUAACAGAAUACAUUGUACUCCCAUACUUCUUUGAUAAGGAUAUACAGAUUACAUGUGAGUUUCAUUACGGUUGACUUUCUUUAUUUCAUAUAUUUUUUUUUACCUCAUUUCAUGAAAAAGACAAGUUUCUCCUUCAUUGUAACCCCUCAUACAGAUAGGAAGGUUAUAGUUAGUAAAUAGUUGCUGUUUGGGUACUUAAGUGAGAUUAAGUGUAAAGUUUGUUCAGGUUUACUCACACUUUGGCAAAUUUUGCAGCCUUUUGACAUAAAAAUGAUGUUGAGGUUAAAUUAAAUUCAGAAUUGAAAAAUAGAUAGCUACAGAUCUCUUACUUUUGAUCUAACUAAAUACAACCUCUGGAAUGGUUCUGCUUUUUUUAGAUGUUUUUUUUUUCAGAUCUAUUUCUGAAUUUUGUUUAUAAUUGUGUAUGAAUUUUGUAUCUUAUUAGAAUCAAUCAUUAAUUGUUUGGAUGCCACCUAUUUUUCAAGACUUUUGUUUUUACUAGAAAUUUGCCAGUAUGGACAUUUAAUUUUAUUAAAUAAACCUUGAAGUUUAUUAUAUUAGCUAUUGCGUAUCAGAUCUUUUACUUUUUGUUACAAUUGAUCUACUAUUGAUCUAAUUACAUCAACUUUUUCUCCAUUGUUUGAGUCCUUCUUUGUGAUUUUGAGCUUAUAUAACACUGUCCUUCAUAUUUACGUACUUCUAUCAGAAUUUUUGUUCUUCAAAUGACCUUGCAACUAUAAAAAGACUAUCCUCUUUUUGGAUGCAGGGAGAAACAUUUUUCAGUACUAUGCACAGAUUCCAGGUUGACGAUACAGGCUGGUUAGAGCUCCUACUUUUAUUUGUUAUGUUGUUUGUUUUUUACUAUGAAUUCUCAAUAUUUUUUUAUCACCUAUGCAAUCUUGAUUUUUAUGCAGUUUAAUUGUGCCAUGCUACUUAAAAUUUUCCUGAAACAAGAAUGCUGCUGAAAAACACCAUCAUAUAUGCAAAUUAGCAGUUGAUGAAAUAAAUUACUGUAAAUUCAGAAAUAUUUUGUGAUUUUUUUAUUAUUGCAAAAAUUGCAAUGAGAUAGGUGUCGUAAAAAUAUAAACUCGCAUUUUAAAUCUGAUAGCAUUAUUUGUAUGCACUAUUUCUUAAAAUGGCAUUAAUUCAUGUCAAAUUGUUUUCUUUGUUUAGCAAUCACUUUGAUAAAUGCAGGCAAUAAUUUCUGAAUUGACAGUAAAAAGAAAAAAAAUAAGUAAAUUUAUAGUAUGUAAUGCCUUCCCACCAUUCCUGUUUAUACCUUCAUUAUUUAUUUUGAUGUUUGUGUUAUUAAUUAUGGUCACAAAUAUGGUAAUUUAAGGGUGUUAUAUUAACACAUUUACCAAACUUUUACUCUAGUUUGUCAAUGCUGUGAAACCAUUUUAUUACAAGUAUUUGUUAAGAAGAACCUAUAACCAUUAAUGUUGUUGCAUGAUCAACCUGAAAUUUCUCUUUUCUCUAUAAUAUUUGACUAGAUACCUACCCCUAGUCAUGCUUCAGCAAAUUUAGAAUUUAACGUUGUUGAAAUUAAAAGUUUUUGAAAUAAGUGUGUUUGUUAACAAGUACUUUUCUAUCCAUUGAUAUUUGAUUUGCUGUUUCACUAGCAUACUGGUACCUUUGUUUAGUGUCAUUUAUAAUUUUUGGAAAUUUACCCUUUAGUCAUUCUUAAUUUUUAGUCUUAUUAAUUGUAAGAAUGUUAUUUACUUUGUUUUGCAUUAGAAAAGCUAAGGAAGUGGCAUUUAUGAUCCUUGUUUGCUCCACUGUUAAUUUUUCCAAAUUUCUUAUUGAUAAAUUUAUUUGAAGCAGCAUUAUAUUGUGGAUAAUUUCAUUAUGGUGGGUACCAGAUUUCAUGAAAUAAGAAAACAUAUAUUUUUUUUUAUGGAUACUUGGAUUUCAUGGGUUUUAUCGGAUUCUGCAUUCAAGUCUUUAGAAAAUUUGGUUUUUGUUGAAACUUAGAUUCAUAAUUCACCUAUACCCAUGAAAUCCUCAAAAAUGAGUACUCCAUGAAUAAUCAAGAAUUCACAGUAUUUGGGUCUAAAUUAAUUUUUACAUCUUUGAAUAUGUAGAAUUUAUGUGUUAGAUUUAUUUAUUAUUGUUUGAAUUGGAUUUGAUAAAGAUGUUGUAACUUUGCUUGCAUGAAAAUCUUGUUUGUUUUUUAUUGAUAUGAUGAGUGAUAAUAUUGUAUGGUAUAAAGAAAUGUAUUUAAAAUGUUUAAAAUCAGUACUGAAAAUUAAACCUGGGAACCUGAGAUGUACCGUAUAUCUGUUUUUUUUGGCGUGUGUUUAAUAAAUGCGAAAAUUUGACCCCGUGUAAAUUUCCCUGCAAAUUCCAAGAUUUAUUGUUGUUUGAAAAUUUCAGAUAUUAUCAUUAUACUGUUAAUUAUCAAAUCUUUUGUGUUGUUUUACAGAUAACAAGAUUGAGCAUACUUAAUUAAGAUCUCAGUUUUCAUAAUAACUAAAUUAGCUUAUCAUACAUGUCACACCUUUUGACAACACAGCAAUCAGUGACAUGUUAGAAAUUGUUUAUUAGCUACGAUCUAUUGCUUGGUGUCAUAACCCGAAUAUUUUGCACAAAAUGUGAAAAUCACAGAACAAAAAUCCACGGAUAUUUGUUUAUCUGUAAUGAUCAAAACCUUCAAUUUUUAACAUGCCCCAUGUACAUUAUUUACGUUCCUUGGAAGUUCUCAGAAUUAUGUGUAUUUUCGUUUGUAGUACUCAUAUUUAUUUUUGUAUUCCAUUACCUGUUAGUUAAUCAAUUUUUUUUAAAACAAUUCGAUAUAGUUAUUUUUUCGUGUGUAUUUUCCCAUUCAGCGAAAAUUAUACACAGUGAAAAUUUAACCUGCACAUUUUGUCAUCAAAUUGCGAAAAAAAAACGAUAUACGAUAUUAGCCCAUGCUAUACAUGUGGAAUAUAUAUGCUUAAUGUUGACAUUUUUUUGGUGCAUAUUAUUUGAGUAUUAAAUGUUUUCACAUUUUUAACACAAUUAUUCAUACUUUAUUUAUGAACACAACAUUUAAAAAAUAAUCUAAAGUCCAAUAAAAUGUGUUGCAGCUACUCGGAUUACAUGUCACAUGUCAGAUAUCACAUGACUGAGCUUUUUGAUGUGUCACAUAUGCCAUAUACCACAUGUCUGAGGUUCUUGAUUUGUCAAAUAAAUAAGAUAUCACAUCACAUGACAGGUAAUUGAUAUGUCACAUGUCAGAUAUCACAUGACUCAGUUUUUUUUAUGUGUCUCAUAUGCCAUAUAUCACAUGUCUAAGGUUUUUUUAUAUGUCACAUAUGUAAGAUACCACAUCACAUAACUGAGUUAAUACAUUUGUCACAUAUCAGAUAUCACAUGACUGAGGUUUUUGAUAUGUUGUAUAUGACAGAUAUCAGUCACUUCACAUGAGUUAAUGUUCUUGAUAUGAUAUACAAUAUCACACACAUGACUGAGGUUAUAUAUAUGUCAUAACUGUUUGUAUGGUUGUCAGUUUUAUACUUUCUUUGUUGACAUGAUUAUAGUUGGGAAGGAAAAGGUGUAUUUCUGUAGAAAACUUUCUGUGAUAACUGACAUGUGGCAUAUCUAUAACCUCAGUCAUGUGGUGUGAUAUUUUACAUAUUUAACAUCAAAAGCCCUAAGGAUAUGAUAUCUGUCAUAUGUGACAUAUCAAAAACCUCAGUCAUGUGAUAUUGUCAUUAUCCUCUUUCUUCAAUUACAAAAUUCCCUCGACAACAGAACCAUAUACUCAUAACCAAGCCUCAUACAUUUCAUUAAGGCUAAUAAGAACCAUACCACAAUGUAAAAUUUGAUACUCACACAACAAUGCCACAAGCUGUUUUAUUAAAAUUUGCACAUUAAGUCAGUAAUCAUUCCACUCUAAAGAAAAUCAGGAAAUAUAGCAUCCACUUACUUUACACAAACAAGAUGAAAAUUUAUGCAAACCCUUAUUCAAGUUGGUUUUGUUCUGCUGAAUGAAGAUUAAUCUUGAUGGUUGAGAAACAAUGAAGUCUUUGGGCAGACAAGUAUCCAAAACUCUGGACAACUGUCUUUAGUCAAUAUUUUUUUCCAGUGAUAAAGUAAUGGGAGAUUAAGCAAGAUUACAAUAGAUUUGGUCAUAGAUGUCUUUAUUUAUUGUACCAGUAUUUUGCUAGCUUAUUGUUGUGGUAGAAAAUUUUAAAGAAAUGACCAAUGAUAUGAGGAUUAUCCUUAGUUUCUUACUUUGUCUUUAACCAACAAAAAACUUUGAAAAACAUUUAAAAACAUGCUUUUAACCCUUACAAUUUGAUAAUUAUAACAUUCAAGUUGUUACUAACUAUUUAUAUAAGGUUCAAAUAGUGGUCUGAGUAGCUGCAGUACUUUUUAUGACACCAUUGAUUUUUGUCCACCAGCUUGCCACCAAGUUUUUAUUAUUUUGUGUGAUCUCAGUAAGCCAAAUGUAACAAACUAUUUAAAUUUAUUUAUUUUGUGGUUUUAAAUGUGUUAUUUUAUAAACCAGUGCUUGUUUGGGUUUUUAUGCUUACUGUUCAGUCUACUUUAUUAUUAAUGAUAUGUAAAAGUGACAAAUAUAUGUGUACAACUUUUAUGAAGUCUAUCUGUUCCUAUUUAACUUCUUUGCAUACCAUUCAACAUAUGCCUAGUAUAAUAUGGCAUCUUAACAUAAUCAAAAUGUCCCUUUGACAUGGUUAUAGAGUUGAUGCCUCCUUGAUAAGGUGGUUGUAGUAUAAGUUUUACCCCCAUCUUUAUUGUAAUAUUCAACAGUUGUCCAUUUUUGUCCUCCAACAGAUAUUGCACUGAAUUUAGAUUCAUAGUUGCAUAAUGAUUAGUAACAUAUAGUUUGCGAUAGGUUGACAUACAUUUGACAGAAUUAUUGCCCUUGGACUGAUAAUGUCAUACAAAUUGUACUGUAUGAAGCAUUAUUAGGUGUACAGAAAAUAAGUAUCACACAGUUAUUUAAUGAUGAGCUAAUUACAGAUAGAGAUUGAGUUUCAUUUAAGGAACACAUUUAUGAUAAAAUUAUUGCCAUUAUUUACUUCAUACUAUCUCCUGGGAUGCAAAUAUUAAUAUACUGCAACAUUCUAAUUCAGGUUAAUUUAUAAACUUGGCGUCUAGAUAUUUUCAGUAAAGGGAUGAUCUUGAUUAUCCUUUAUAACAUGAUGGUCGAUGAACUUCAGUAAAUGUAAGUUGUUGAAUAUUGUUAUGAACUUUGUAGUUCUAUACAUAUUACGAUUAAAUAUAGACUAUUCUCGCUUAUUAAAGCUGUUCCAAAAAUGUACAAUAAUGACAGGAAGAAAUCACUAUUUUGUCUCAUCAUACAUUUAAUUUGAAUGUUAUUAAACCCUGCUAACCCUUCCAGAGCACUUAAGAUCAUCCCCUCUUUUUAGAUGGGUUUCUGUUGUUCAGUCUUUAUGUUUCUAUGCAGUGUUUUGUUGACUUGACUUUUAGUCAUUUUUUGCCAAGUCAUUGUUAGUUUCCCUUACACUUAUGAGCUUUGAAUGUCCCCAUGUAAUCUUCUGCCCAUUGACUUUAUUUAAAUUGAUUUUUUUUUUUAAAA